GUAAAAAGUCUCAGACCAAGAAUAAACAAGCCUCUGGGGAAAAAGUCGACAAGAAGGAUGCCAAAGACAAGACCCCUCCAGCACAAAAGAAGAGGGAUCCAGCCAGCAAACUCGACAAAAAGGACACCAAGUGCCAUGACUUGGGCUGGGAAUGUGCUCUGGCAGACAACUCCACUGGUUCUCAGUGGUUUGCUGGCAAAGUGCAGUCCUGGCUAGUGUGGCUGCAGGCAGUGAGCAAAGUGCUGGGCCUCACUUGGGAUGUUCCCAACCUCUGUGGGGAGCUGAAGCAGCUGGCUCAAAAGCUUGAGGAGAAGGAAAAAGCCUUAGAGGAGGAAGGGAGGUGGAAGGAGGAAAAGAAGGGUGUCUCUGUGGGGAAUCAACCUAUAAAACCAGAGAAGGGGAAAACCAAGGCCCCAGAGAAGGAGGAAACCAAAGCCUCAGAGAAUAAAACCAAGCUUCCAGAGAAAAAGGAAACCGAAUCACCAGAGGGGAAGGAAACCAAAGCCCCAGAGAAGGGGGCAACCAAAUGCUCAGAGAAGUGGGAAACCAAAGCUGCAGAGAUGGAGGAAACCGAAAUCCCAGAGGACCCAGCUGAGAUGGAGAAUAACUUGAUCCUGAGGUUUCAGAUCUAUGAGUCAUCACAGCAGAACGUUGCACAGGUUUUCUCCUACUGGAACAGGAUUCAGGGUACCGUGCAGUUACCUGUGAUCCAGAAGGGAAACAAGUCCCAGUCUUCAGCUGAAAACAAAGGUCAGAAGACCAAUAAGCCUCAGGAGAAGGUGGAGAAGAAGCCUGAACAAAAAAGUGGAGACCAAAGGAGUCUUCAGUCAUCUCAGCUGGAUACACAAAGUGAAGUUGCAGAGGGGGCAGUCAGAGAAGAGCACGUUGGGGUGCCGUGCCUGGACAUCCAGGUCUCAGAUCCAAAGGCCAUGAUCAGAGAGAUCCUGAGGGAAAGGAAGCUGCCAACAAAAGAUGAGAUGCUGAAACAUGUGGGACUGCAUCCCGACGGCCCUCCCCUUCCCCCCGGUGGUGUGCUCUCCAUAGUGGAGUACCCAGAGGAGAGGUUGGGCUCUGCAGAGCGUGUGGAGCCCUUCACCAUUGUGGCACCUGAAGGUGCUGCUGUGGAAGACAAUCUG